GCUGGGGUCGAGCCAGUAGCUCGCUGGACUCAUGUGGGGAAUGUGUGUUGGUGGGCUUCGGACCUCCGCCCUUUUAUCAUAACACAACUGCUUGUUUAUCUCUGCAUUACGCCUCCGUAACGUGUCCGUCCGUGGCGUGUGUUGCCUGAACCGUUGUACUAUGUGCGGCAAGUGAUACAAGUAGCGUCCAGUGGGGUACAUGAGGUUGGCGCGCAGUAGAGGCAGCGCAGCUGGGCGUCGUCUGCAUGUUUACGUAGUGGAGUCUUAGCUGUUGUGAGGCACUUGUUGUGUUGUGACUGGUGACCCCUUGACCUGUGUGUGACCCCGGUGGUUGUGACCCACACUUAGCAACUAUGGGCAACAUCCACACCGUGGGACCCAACGAAGCCCUCGUAGUCUCAGGCGGGUGCUGCGGAGCCACGACCAAGAAGACUAUUGUAGGCGGGUGGGCGUGGGCAUGGUGGUUUGUGACAGAUGUCCAGCGGCUCUCCCUCGAGGUAAUCACGUUAAACCCAAGAUGUGAGAACGUGGAGACGUCGCUGGGCGUGCAGGUGACUGUGACAGGUGUGGCCCAGGUGAAGGUUAUGAAGGAUUACAAGGUACUGAAAAUAGCCUCAGAGCAGUUCUUGGGCAUGAGUAUUGAAGACAUCAAGGGCACCAUCCUCAUGACACUUGAGGGCCACCUCAGAGCAAUUCUCGCCACACUGACUGUUGAAGAGGUUUACCAAGAUCGAGACCAGUUUGCUCAGCUGGUACGAGAAGUUGCUGGUAUGGACGUGGGAAGGAUGGGUAUUGAAAUACUCUCCUUUACCAUUAAGGAUGUGUAUGAUCGAGUGGAGUACUUGUCAUCCCUGGGCAAGUCUCAGACUGCAGCAGUCAAGAGAGAUGCUGACAUUGGUGUGGCUCAGGCCAACAGGGAUGCUGGCAUCAGGGAAGCUGAAGCUGAAAAAACAGCAAUGGAUGUAAAGUACAACACAGACACAAAAAUUGAAGACAACGCUAGAAUGUACAAACUACAAAAGGCCCAGUUUGACCGAGAAAUUAAUACUGCGAAAGCAGAAGCCCAGUUGGCUUACGAACUCCAGUCAGCGAAAACACGACAGAAAAUCAGAAAUGAGGAAAUUGCUAUUGAAGUUGUGGAGAGGAGAAAGCAGAUUGAGGUUGAAGAGCAAGAAAUCAAAAGAAAGGAGAAGGAGUUAAUGGCCACAGUUCGCCUGCCUGCUGAGGCCGAGAGUUACCGUGUAGAAACCAUAGCACAAGGCAAACGUACACAGACUGUGGAAGCAGCCAGGGCUGAGGCCGAGAGGAUAAGGCGCAUCGGUGAGGCGGAGGCCUAUAGUGUGGAAGCGGUGGGCAAGGCUGAAGCGGAGAGCAUGAAACUGAAGGCUUUGGCCUAUAAACAAUAUGGAGAAGCUGCAAUUAUGUCCAUGGUGUUGGACAGCUUGCCUCAGAUUGCUGCUGAAAUUGCUGCUCCAUUGGCCAAGACUGAGGAAAUUGUGAUGGUUGGUGGAGGGGAUACCAUGAGCAAUGCCAUUACCAAGAUGUGUGGUGAGCUUCCCCCAGCUGUCCAUGCCCUUACUGGUGUUGACAUUACUAAGGUGCUAGCAUCACUGCCAGGAGCCACAGUGACACCGUCAGGUCCCCCACGUGUUGCUCCCACUGCUGUGUAACAGCCUUAGUCACCGCAGGGAUGGCCAGUGUCAGUAAUGCCAGUACAGUAACAAAGGUGUCUGGAGGGACAUUUAAGGAAAACACAUUUCAUUCUCUUAGUUUAAUGUUUAUUCAAACUAUAUCAUAAUACUGUAACAAUUAGAUGCUGUUCUCAAGAAAAAACACAAAAACAUUUAAAUUUCUUAUAAGGAUGUGCUCAUUCAUUAUUAAAAAGGCUAUUUUAAUGCAAUCCUGUCAGAUUUGUGUCUUCUGCUAGUUAUUGAAAUACCAGAUGAUUUUUCUCUCAGUAUUUUUAUAAGAGCUCUUUGCAUAUGUAUGCUACUUUAAGGAAAAUAAACUUUUUAAAGGAAGUUCAUUUUUUUAUGAUUUGUGAUUACCCCAUUUAAAUAAUGCUUGUUAACUUAGGAGAUUAUUAAAUUAUAUUUUUAACUUGACAUGGUACAGUUGUGGUUGAGUUGUAAAAGUUAAUUACAUAUCCUGUAUAAUAUGAGUUUAACAUUAGUACUGUAACUCAGUGUUGAGUUACAGUAAACAAUAUUUCAACAUUUUUAAUUAAUGUUUUAGCUAUUGGCUGAAGACAAUUUUAACAAUAUUUUGAUAAUUUUUGUGUAUGUAGGUAUGUAUGUGUGUUACUAGUAUUAUUGUUUAGAAAGUAUGAAUUCAAAUGAAUUUGAAGAUGAUAUCAAUGUUAUUUAGCUUAGGGGACUUGUGUUGUCGUGCAGAGAUCAUAAAUAAGGAACAUACAGUAAUGCCUCAUUUUUUGCCUGGGAUGUGUUUUUGAAAAUGCAAAUAUCCUUGCAAAAAACUUUGCAAACAUCAAACUUUGAGAUAUAAGGUUAAAAAAAAGAUGUGUUCCACAGACCUAAAAUUCCACUUUUAUCUCACUAUAACACCUACUGGAACAUUAUUACUAAGUACUUCUGCCACCUUCUAUUACAACACACUCUGCAUUUAAUACACUUGCUGUUUCUUGCAAUGUUCAUUACAUCUGUUUCUUUCCAGUCACAAAUGUACUGCUUAAUAAACCUUCAAACACUUGCCAGUGAUGUGUGUGGUAUUAUAUACAUUGCACAAAGAAAUCACAUUGUUAUGAUGUAUCAGUGAGAACAUCAAUAAGACAAGUGUAUUUGAAAAGAAGAGUUCGAGGUGAUCUCCCAGACCACAGCCAGAGUACAUGGGGGCAAUACAUGAAAACCCCUGGCUUGGCUUCAGUUGAGGCUUCGGGACCCCUAGAGGAUUCGGGUUCAAUCCCAGAUAGCAUUUCUUUUGACCAUGUCGUGGUGUAGUGGUCUAAGGCAUGUGCUUGAGAGUACCAAGAGCAUAGGCUUGAAGCCACCUCGUGACCCUUACUGAUUUUCUCGUUAUAUACAUUAUUUUCUAUCUCUACCUUGGAGGGCUUAUACUAUAAAGAUGGAUUACCCUAGUUGGUGUAUACUCAAAGGUAAGGACACUGGUUUACCAUUGGUGGAGACAUAAGCAUUAUUAGGCUUUUCCUGCUUGUCCUAGAGCAGUCAUGUUUCCAACAUUUCUUUUAAUUUUUAUAUACAGUAUUUUUACUACUAAAUCAUGUUAAAUAAUCAUUCCAACUCAUAAAUCUGUUAGCCAUUCCUUUUGACUAAAAAUUUUGUAUUAAAAGAUAUUCUGCAAAAUUACACAUACCAAAACUGUGAAAAGUGGGGGUUUACUCUAUGUAUUACUUUAUUAUGAGUUUUUAUAAUUAUAGCUCAUUUAGGUCUUCUAAUGUGGAUAUUUUGGUUCCUAAAUGGUAUGCAUAUUUGUUUUCAUUAAAUCUCAGACUGCAACUAUAAUUUCAGAAGUCCUUCCUGUACUGUACGUGCAAACAAAUGUAUAUUUAUUUAAUAUUUUGUUUCCUAUAGAAUUAAUGGAAAGUUAUAUAUGUAAAGAAGGGGAUAAAUAGUAAAUAAAAAUUCCUGACCUAGUGUUUUUCUGGCACAUUCACAAAGUUGUGCUCUGAAGCCAACUUUUGCCACUGCCAGCUGCAUGUGGCCAAGACUGUAUUUAUCUAUGCUGUGACACUUUUUACACUCUUCAUUACAUUGAAAUUAUUGUACUGUAUAUUGUAAGUCAAAUAUAUUCUCUAAUAUUAGAAAUCACUAUAGUAUUUUAUUACUAUUUACUACAAAAUAAUUACUCAUUGACUUGUUGAUAAAUAUCUAGAUUUCAUUUAUUCUGUAUUAUAAUAAGUUAUUUUUUAUGUUAUGUUAGUACUAAAGAAAAUAGAAUUUUUUCAUUAACUCAGUUGGGCUCGAAAGCCAUCUAUAGAUGGCAGUGGUAACCCUUAAUCCUUGGAGGGCACACAUCAUAUAUAGGAUUUUGGUCUAACUGCCUGGAGGGUGUACAUCAUAUAUAUAUGAUUUAUUUAAUUUAAUAUAUUUAAAAUAGUCCUGCACAUACACAGCGCCCACAUUUGCUUCCUCAGGCCUCCAAUAACCAUACCCCAUCUUGAAAAUAAAUCCUGAGUCUCUCACUUUCCUUCUAGGGCCUUUAUAAAAAAAAAAAAAAUAUCAUUUUUGACACCACCAUUCAGUAUCUGAACAUUUAGGGCAGCCAUAGAGAAAACACUAAACUUUUAACAACAACAAAUAAGUGAUCACUAUGUAUAUAUUUCAGGUAAAAAGGUGUGCUAUGUGUAAUUUUAAGAUUUAGGCUUAUAUAUAGGCUUCAGCUCAUGUCUUCCCAAAAAAAUACAAAUUCUUCAGGCCACUACAGCUAAACCACAAGGGGUAGAGACAUUUUACUUGGAUUUCCUGAAAGCUACUUAAUGAUGCCUAGAGACAAAAUUAUUUUUUCAGACCCUCUACAAUUUUUUGUAUGUGUCACAGGGAUAUUGGCAUUUAACAGUAGUGCCCUCCAAGGGUCAAGCAUCUCACUGCUGUAAGCUGCCUGCCACUUGUUAGAACUUAAUAUUUCUAUUUCCAUAUGGCUAAUUUGCCAACAAUAACAAGAGAGAAAGUCAUAAAAAUGUGGCUGAAACAAAUAAUAACCUACACAAAAUUCAGUCCAUCCAAAGGCCUUAAUAUUCCAGGUCUCGCAGCACAAGGUUUAAUAUCAUAUUGGUCAUUGGCCUGCAGUAUUUAUAUAGAAGAUGGUUAUUGAAAUCCUUUCUCAAAAAAGUUGCAUUUAAUUUUUUAAGUUUCAUGUCAUUCUUCGGAUUAUUAUAGAGAGCUAGAGUAAAAUUUGUCCUGGAACAUGUUAUUUACCUGAACUCAUACUAAACCUAAGUUUUUAGUUCAUGUAGAGUGUAUGUUAAACUAUUACAAAAUUGUAUUUGAGGUUGUCUAUAAGGAAAAUUAAAAUGAAAACAGUUGUUUCUCACUCUGUGCCAUUUUAUUUUCAUUGAUCUUUCUCUCCUUUAUUGUCAGUGAACAUAAAAUAUAUGCUGCCUUUUUUAAUAAUGUCUAUACACACAUAUUGGGCACAAAAAUAUAUGCUGCCUUUCUUAAUAAUGUCUACACACACAUAUUGGGCACAUUCUUAUACUUAUUAAAGCCAAUCAUAUUUUCUUUGUUUAUAUAUAAAUUAAACAAUUUAAUAUUUAUUAACAAAAAAGAACACGGUAUAUUGUUAGCGUUCCUAAAAAUAAGAAAAAAACGUUAGGCUAUUUUAACAUGGACAAGAAAUAAUGAAGUGACUUUAACUGUGUGUAUUGACUGUUUCUUACUUACCACCAAAUUUUGUAGCUCUUUAAAUAUAUUGUGAAGGUAAAUUUACUCUCAGAUAUGUUGUUUCCUAAUUU